UCUUCAUCUUCUUAAUACAGAUAUCGUGAUCCCUGCUCAGCCAGUUUAAAUGAAGAUGAUCAACACACCACAAAAUUAGUAGGAGAUGGCAAGAAGAAGGCAAUAACUUUGGCAAAGACAUGUGAAGCUACCACAGAAAUGCGAGAAUGUCGUUCACCUAAAGACUGGUCUUUGUUGGCUUUGCAAAAUACACGCACGGGAAAAUCGCAUUACUUAGUUAUCUGCAGAUGUCCAGAUCACUUUAAAAUGGAGGGUCCCAUGGCUCACGAUCAGCCCACAUACGCCAGUGUACCAGGUAUUCGUGUCUUCGGUAUGAUGUGUGUUAAACCCGGUUAUUCUGUACGCAAACCUUCGGCUCAACCGCCCAAACGUUAUCAAUUGCAAAAACCUUUCUAUAGACCUGGUUCACAGACUUCCUACGGUCAAAGCAAUUUGGGUAAUAAUAAAGAUGCCUACGCCGGCAGACCUUCAUACGGUAGCAGUUCCUCAUCACAAAGUUCACAAAUAGCAUCAUCUGGGUCAAACUUUAAUGCAGGCUCCAACAGUAAUAAUUACCAUGGAGCCUCUGAAUCCGCCUAUCAAUCACAAGGAAAUUAUCAAUAUUUAAAUAGACCCGAAAGUAUAUCGUCUUCAUCCUUCAACAGCAACAAUAAUAACUAUAGACCAGAACCGGUUUCCAUAAAUAAUUUCCCCGGCGGUGGUUAUGGACGUAAUAAUGAACGUGAAGGUGAUGCCCCCAUUGAGGCUGCCACCGAGGUAGAUAAUAAAUUAUUAAUUAGUACCUCAACACAGGCUGGAGAAGAGGCUAAUACCACUUUAAGUGAGGACACUACCAAGACGGAAGAAUUGAAACGUGAAAAAAGAUCAUUAAGUGAAAAUACCAUUGAUCCGGAUGAUGAUCUACCCGAAUUUCCCUGGGAUCGUGUUAUAGAAUUUGAGAAAACUGUGGUCUGGGAUUAAACGCUAUAGAACGCAACAAAAAU